AAUCAUUAUAACUAAGUAGAAAAAGUUCCAAUUGUAAAACACCUUUGAAUUUUAUUUUUAUUUAAUAAUGAUUGCAUUCCUUAAAAAACUUACAAUUCAAUUUUAUGAACUUGGGAAAAUAUUACUUUUUCCAUCUUUUUUUUUAAAGAAUUCUGCUAUCUAACAUGAGAUCUAUCAGUUUUCAUUUACUUUUUCCAACUGCAAAUUUCAUAUUUGGAGGAUGGGAAAGAGAAGAUACAGUUAAAGCAAGCCUUGUAUACCUAAACUUUAAGAUCACAGUGUUUGAGCAUGUUAUAAAAUGUUAUGUAACUGACGGGAUAUGUGUAUACUGGACCCAGUAAUAUUUGAGGGUUUUUUAUGUAUUUUAAGGAAAUCUAAACUUGUAUCUAAUUAAAAGUAAACAAAACACUUAAAUAUAUGGAAAGGCACAAAAAGAUAAACAUUACCAAGAUUUUAUUUUGAUAGAUAACAUGGUAAAUCUUGACAAACAUACAUACAGUUUUUCUUUCAGGUACAGUAGGAGGCAUUAAUACCUUGGUUCUGAGCCCUUAUCAGUCAGGUAGCUUUCAAAGAAAUGAUUUCAUGCUCCAAACUGAUCAUUAACAAGGAAAAUGUAACUUAAGGUUUCUGAAAUUCUUACUUUUCAGAAUUUCAAAUGUUAUUUUAUGUUUUCAUAGGGAUCUUGAACAAUCCAUAUAUUAAUUAGUAUAUAAGGUACAGUAUUAAAAACAUCAUAUAAUCUAUAAUAUAAAAGACUUGAAGGUUAUAGAAGCAAUGGGUGGACCCAUUUUAUUGGGGUUUAGCUGAAGUCUGCUGUUCCCCAUCCAGACCCCUACAGCCUCCAGACAUCAUAAAAGGAUGUUCAGUGCAGCACACUUCAUCCCGGACAGAGAUAUAUAGCUGGGUAUCAUCAGCUUAUGGAGAUGCCUUGUCUCACACAGACAGAUGGUUUUUAUUCAUAUUGUUAAACAUACUUUUUUCACUGUGUUUUUAACCCUGUAGAAAUUACCUUGUAAUUCUAUAUGUACCACAUCUGUAUUGGCUCAGAAUUUCAGAAGAUCCAGCAACAAAUUUCCCAUUAAUUCUUUCUCUAUGUUUCAAGCAAAUCAAGGAAUAAAUUCCUUCUAGCAGUACUAAUUCUAAAUAAAUAUGCCACUUGAGAUGAGCCCUGUUAUAUAGCAGGAGAGUUUUGAAAAUCUGCCUUUUAAAGAAAGCCUUAGGAGGAGAUACAGGAGAAGUUGAACUCCCAUCCUAACGUGGUUGGAAAUUUUGUUCUCAGUAGGAUUUAGUUUGUUCUUAAUGUUUAAUAAUGUUACGUUAUUAUUUCAUUUAUUACACUAUUAUUGUAUUUUAACCUUUUUAUUGCAGUAGCCCAUCUCUCUGAAUAAUUAUUACUAUUGUUGAGCUCCAGUUACCACUAGAGAGUUCUUUCUAAACGAAAUUGGAAUCUAUCUUCUGUAACAUAAACCUGUUAUAACAUUGCCUGGUUUCUGGAAUAAGAGAUGACAGGUCUUUCUGUGUUGAAGGAAUGUCAUGGGCUACCUCUUAUUAAUGGGCAAAAUUGUGACCCUUAUGCUACAGUAUCUGUUGUCGGUCCUUCAAGGAACGAUCAAAAGAAGACAAAGGUAAAGAAGAAAACAAGCAAUCCACAAUUUAAUGAAACAUUUUAUUUUGAGGUAACUAGGUCCAGUAGUUACACCAAGAAGUCACAAUUUCAGGUAGAAGAAGAAGACAUUGAGAAACUGGAAGUCAGGAUUGACUUAUGGAACAAUGGCAAUUUGGUGCAAGAUCUUUUCCUAGGAGAAAUUAAGAUUCCUAUCAAAGCAUUAGGAAGUGAUACUUUCCAAGCAUGGUACCUCCUACAGCCAAAAGAUAAUGGAAAUAAAUCUGCUAAAAGUGAAGAUCAUGGAUCCCUUAGACUGAAUAUAAAUUAUGCUGAAGAUUAUGUACUUCCAUCUGGGUACUAUGGGUCUCUCAGAGACUUGCUUCUGAAAUCAUCAGAAGUGGAGCCAAUUUCUGCAUCAGCUGCUUACAUCUUGGCCGAAGUGUGUCGCGAGAAAUACGAUGGUAUUUUGCCACUUGUAAGGUUGUUGCUGCACCAUCAUAAAUUAGUGCAGUUUGUUACUGCAGUGGCAGAAUUAGAACUGAAGGAAACCCAAGAAGUAAAUACAAUCUUCAGAGGAAACUCUUUAACUACUCGAUGUGUAGAUGAGAUGAUGAAAAUAGUGGGAAAGCACUACUUGAAAGUUACUUUAAAACCAAUUCUAGAUGAGAUAUGUGAGAAUCCUAAAUCUUGUGAAAUUGAUCCCCUGAAACUGAAAGAAGGAGAUAAUGUGGAAAUGCACAAGGAAAAUCUUCGUUAUUAUGUUGACAAAGUUUUCAGUACAAUUGUACAAUCAAGUAUAAGUUGCCCAACUUUAAUGUGUGAUGUGUUGUGUUCUCUGAGGCGCUUGGCUGCUGAAAGAUUUCCUAAUGACCCUCAUGUACAGUAUUCUGCAGUGAGCAGCUUUGUGUUCCUUCGUUUCUUUGCUGUAGCUGUAGUAUCGCCUCAUAUUUUCCAUUUACGACCUCAUCAUCCAGAUUCACAGACAUCUAGAACAUUAACUCUUAUAUCAAAAGCAAUUCAGACACUGGGAAGCUGGGGAAGUUUAUCCAAAAGCAAGCUGUCAAGCUUCAAGGAGACGUUUAUGUGUGAAUUUUUCAAAAUGUUUCAAGAAGAGGAAUACAUUGAAAUAGUCAAAAAGUUUUUAGAUGAAGUGUCUUCCACGGAAAGUAAAGAACCAAGUGUCACGAAUGAGCCAUUGCAUCUAAAAGAAGGGGAGAUGUUCAAAAGAGCACAAGGAAGAACUCGUAUUGGAAAAAAGAAUUUCAAGAAGCGUUGGUUCUGCCUUACAAGUAGAGAACUUACUUAUCAUAAGCAACAAGAUAAAGAACCUAUAUUCACCAUCCCAGUCAAAAACAUUCUUGGAGUAGAAAAACUUAAUGAGAGUUCAUUUAACAGGAAAAAUAUGUUUCAAGUAAUACAUGUUGAAAAUCUACUCUAUGUGCAGGCAAAUAAUUGUGUGGAGGCUAGUGAGUGGAUAGAAGCUCUCUGUAGAGUGAGCAGAUGCAACCCAAAGCGAUUGAAAUUCUAUCACCCAUCUGCUUUUUUGAAUGGAAACUGGCUUUGCUGUAAAGCCACAUCAGAAAACACAGUGGGCUGUAUGCCAUGUACUGCAGGUAUACCUGCUGACAUUCAGAUAAAAAUAGAUGGAGAUCGAGAAACAGAGAGAAUCUACUCAGUCUUUGCAAUUAAUAUGCCAAAACUCCAAAAAAUGCAAGAGGCUUGUGGAAGUAUAGCAGUCUAUCAAGGUCCACGAAAAGAGCCAGAUGAUUAUUCUAAUUUCAAAAUUGAGGAUUCUGUAGCAACUUUUCAAACUCUUCAGCAAAUAAUAUCAAUUGUAGAACAAUUGGACAUACAUCAUGAUAAGUAUCGAGAAAAAAGAUCAUCUAGUGCUAAAUAUGGCAGUGAAGAAAACCCAAUUGUUGGAAAAAUUUCCUAACCAAAGGCACUUCGAUAGAGAUGGAUUUUGAAAGAAAGGAAUUAGAAUAAUUUUCACUGUUUAAUAACAAACUGCUUUUGUGAUCGUUCAGUGAAUAAGAAUAUACAUUUCCUGCAAUUUAACUGCAUUCACAAGCUUAUUUAAUAUUUAACAGUGGAAAGAACAAUAUGAAAUCAGAUUUCUGCAGGGAUAAGGGAACACAUAUCCAUAUUGUUUAAAGAACUUAACAUACAAAAAUGUAAGUAAACAAAGUAUCUAAAGCUGGGAAAAUCUUCUAAAGAAAUAAGCUUUCUAAGAAAGAAAAUAAUUAUUACCUUCAGUUGGAAUUUCAUCUGCCAGGAUAAUCAUCAGCUUCUGUGACUAUCACUAUUAUCUGGACAAAGAUAUUCUGACAGGCGGCAAAAGAAUUUGAAGCUUUACAUUCAGCGCACAGUCACUUUUAAAACUUCCUUUCUUAAUCUACAGUAUAAAUGUUGUUGUUGUUUUUAAAAAAGGAACAAAAUGAUGGUACUUUUUCAAAAUGUGUAUUGACAAUUAACAAAGUUAUGUUAUUUAAGUGAUGUCACUGAAGCAGGACAAGUCAGGGAAUCUAUAUGUCUUGUUUACAAUUGGAGUGAAAGAUGUGAUAUGGAACAAUUGUGUUUUUCUUUUUGAAAUAACAUUAUUAGUAUUUUUAGUGAUUAGGAUUGGGGGAGGAGAAUAUAUUCUGUUCAGAUAAUACUGUAGCUGAAUACCAUGUGGCAUAUUAUUAGUAAUACUUUUUUUAAAAAAUGCCUAAAGGUAGAUGGUAUACAAUGAACAUUGCCAUAGCCAAUUGUAACUAGCUCUUUUUGAAAGUCACUCCAAGCACUUUACAUAUCUGGUUACCCCCAGAUUAUAAUUCUAGAUAUUUUAUAGUAUCUAAUCAUUAUGAUCAGUUGAAUGAUCAGUACUGUGGCUUAAAACCAUACUUUUAUGAAAUUUUAUAUCUAGGAUAUUUUUUACUUGCCAAGUAAAGUUUUGAACUAAACUUUACUUUUAGAAACUCUUAAACUUGCCUUGUUGUAUUUGUACCUAUAGACUGAUAAAAAGACUGAUAUAUAAUAAAUAUGAACAAACUUAAUACUUGGGAGAAGAAAAGGCUAAGUUUUUAAAAUCAGUAUUAUAUGAAGUUAUCAGAAGUCAAGCUUUUGAAUUAGAGACUUUUCCUUUUCUUUAUUGAAUGUGGUACUACAGAAAACUCAACUUGGGAGCAAUUUAUUAAGCACUAUAAAAAUCAGUGUAUUUCCACUGAAGUUAACAUUCAUGAUUAUCUGUUUAUUGGUCUCCUUACCUUUUAAUAUUUCUGGUUUAUUAUUAUUUGCCACUCAUUAGGACUGCUUUCAUUGUCUAAUAGAAAUAUAAAAUAAGGACAUUUAAAAGAUAAAACUGGCUUAAAUACUACAUGCUUGUAAUGGUAUGCUAAUAAAAUAAGAGAGCUUGCCAUUAAAGUAAAUAGUCUUAUCCUAAGACUGAACUAACCUCUAAAUUAAAUGCACCUAAAUAGAACUUCUUUUUCCCAAUAGCUGGUAUGCCUUAUCACUAAAUGUUUUUGAGGCAUAAGUACAAAUACUUAUUAAACAAGCUCACUGGAUAUAUAAAUCUAUCAAUGCAGAUUGUUCAUUUGGGGUAAAAUGUAAGGGAAACUAAUAAUUUAGUGACAGAAUGAAUGACAUAGAUUGUAUAACACAAUCAUUACCACAAAUUAUAACUGGUAAAUGCAAAGCAAAAUGCAAGUGUGAUGUAGAGGAUUCACAAACAAAAAAUGGUGUCUGCAUAGUCACCUACGUUGAAGGGUGAACAUCUUUUAUGCAAAAUAUCAGAAAAAUAUGCUUCCAUUUCUUUAAUAAAUUAUAUUUACAAAGUUAAAAUACAAAUUUCCACAGAAAAAGGAAAACAACAACAAAGCAACUAAACAAAAAAAGUGUAUUAAAAAAACCCAUGCACAUACAUGGUCAUAUUUCAACAAUAAUAAUUUUCCCCCUUGCAAAAUAGGCCUACCGUUUAUAAACUUCUACAGCUCUAUUUGCCCAACUAAUUUGAUCUGCCAACUAUUUACCAUUAAAAUUUAUCGGGUAAACUCAACAGUAAAAGUAAAUUUCAAAUAACAAUAUAUUCUUAUAUUUCACACACAGAAUGUAAACAACAGCUUCUAAUCUACCAUAAACCACUGCAAUCAUUAUCUCUGAUCUGUCCAGGAUCAAAUCCUAGGCAGGGGGUUGGACUAGAUGCCUGGGCAGGGGGUUGGACUAGAAGACCUCCAAGGUCCCUUCCAACUCUGUUAUUAUGUUAUGUUAUGUUAAAUCAAUCUUCGACUGAUUCUUUUCCUUAAAAUUAUAAGCAUUAAAAUAGGCUUUCAUUUCUGUGCCUACAUAUUCAUACAUAAACUUUAAUACAUUUGGAAAUUGCAAAUUAUGUUUUAGUAUAAGAAAAAAAUGAAAAAUAUCAAUUUUAUACAUAAUUUAAGCAUGGAGAUAAAUAAUCAUUAAAAAAGAAAGUGGACCCUUGACGAAGUAUUACAUUUUCACAGAUAAUUCUGAAUUUUAUCCUCUCUGGAAGGAAAUUCACCCACAGAAAUUCUCCACGUCUAUCACCAUGCUUCCCUUUUCCUAGACUCUCAAAUAGGAAACAGCCAUGAGUCACCCAAAAAUAUUCUAGAUUUAUAAAUAUCAGUCUAAGAACUAUUCUAUACCUGUUUACAGCAUUUGACAGUAAGAAAAACAUUAUUUCCUUCCUGGAUUAUACCAAAUCAAUAGGGUAUAAGUAAAUGUGAAUUCCUCCACCCUGAAUUACUCCUAUAACACCAAUUUAAGAUUGUUCUAUUGAAAUAUUUAUACAAUAGAAAUGAAAGCUUUAUUUUGUUCUGAAAAAUCUAGCAUUUGAAUAAUAAACGGAAAUAAUUUACAAUCA